CCUAAUGGCGGUCUGGAUUUCGCGAGAGCUGAUGGUGGAUUUCUUGUUGUAGUGCGCGAGCCGCGAGGAUUCGGUCGCGAUGCGUUCAAAGACAUCGUUGACAAACGAGUUCAUGAUACCCAUGGCUUUGCUGGAGAUACCGGUGUCGGGGUGCACCUGUUUCAACACUUUGUAGAUGUAGAUCGCAUAGCUCUCCUUUCUCUUGCUUCUCUUCUCUUUUUUUUUUCUUGCCAGGGUCCGUCGGGGCUGAUUUAGCCUUGCCGGCUCUCUUCUCGCCUUUUCCGGCCGCGGGAACUUUUGGUGCCAUGUCUAGAAAAAUCUAUCACCGUUCGCUCAAAAAUAGACUGAGGUGUGUGACUAGACAGGAGAAUUGACUCCCUAUUUAAGGUCCAUUGUUGAGGAUCAAUUAGUAUGCCGACGAAAAUUCUCUUUGAAGCGAUUGGCUCAGAUACAGCUGUGAAAGGAACAAAAGACUACGAGGCAACAGAGGGCGGAAUUAAUUUUGAUUGGAGGGUUUCGAUCCCUUAGCGCGCGCGAGCCGCGAGAUAAGUACGGCGUCACGACUCGGAACGCGUCACAAUUUGAACAACAAAAUCGUUGGAUUUCAGUGUGUGUCCUAGCACGAGCUAGUUUGCGAGAGAGAAAACUAAAAUGACCGGCCGAGGGAAAGGAAAAGCGUCGGGCACCAAGGCAAAGAGCAGGUCCAGCCGAGCAGGUCUUCAGUUUCCAGUCGGCCGCAUCCACCGACUCCUUCGCAAAGGAAACUAUGCAGAGCGUGUCGGGGCGGGUGCUCCCGUGUACUUGGCCGCUGUGCUCGAGUAUCUAAGUGCUGAAAUUCUAGAGUUAGCCGGAAACGCCGCUCGUGACAACAAGAAGACCAGAAUCAUUCCCAGACACCUGCAGUUGGCCGUCCGAAACGACGAGGAAUUGAACAAACUUCUAGCUGGUGUAACGAUCGCCCAGGGCGGUGUUCUUCCCAACAUACAGGCC